AUGUCCGAUUGCUCCGUAAACGAUGGCUCGGUGGAAACUCGCCUACCAGACGGGCGUUCCAUUUUCGAUUUAAUAACCUCAAAUAACCUUAAUGCAAUACGUUCACUUCUUACUCCCUUAACGUUACGCGAACGUCAAACGAUCGUUUAUCAAAAGAUCGAACACAAAACGCUUCUCUAUCAUGCCUGCGAACGAGGCUUCAAAGACAUCGCGAAAUAUCUUUUAGACGAAUGUGGGGCUGAUAUCGAUGACGGCUACUGUGACGGCAGUGAAUCCGAAUUGCCAUCACGGAUAGCAAUAAAGAAGCUAGACGUUUUCUUGCUCCUCUUAUUACUGAGGCGCGGAGCUGCACUUAACAACAAUCGCAAAAUUUCUAGCGCUUCUCUUUACGGCAUUCACGGAGACAGCAGCGUCAUCUAUCCUGUUGGUCUGUUAAGCUCAAACUCAUAUCAUGUCCUUUAG